UGAGCAAUAUAUAAAGGUUCUCGCGGGAGCACACUACGGAUUUGCAUCUCUCGGGGAUAAGGGGGACUUCAUUUGAUCCGCAAUGCAGUCGUGGUCACAGGCAGGAAUGUCGAGAGACCAGAGACCGCUCCAUUUCAGGAUCUUCCUUUGUUUUGGAAGAAAGUUCCAUUUCAGGGAGGUUAGACCUCCUCAUGAUGUCCAGCAACUGUUUGAGCAGUACUCUGAAAAUGGCACGAUGACCGUCGAUCACUUGCGUAGAUUUCUGGUUGAUUACCAAAUGGAAAAGGAUGCGACCAGAGAGGAUGCAAGCUCAAUCUUACACAGCCUUAGGCAUCAUAUCAUGUAUAAGAAGGAACUGAAUCUCGACCACUUCUUCCGGUAUCUCCUCAGUGAUCAUAACCCUCCGGUCGCGCCAUCACUUCGGGUGCACCAUGAUAUGAAUGCUCCCCUUGCUCAUUACUAUAUGUAUACAGGCCACAACUCCUACUUAACUGGGAAUCAGCUAAGCAGCGACAGCAGCUUUGAGCCGAUUGUGAAAGCUCUAAAGAAAGGUGUAAGAGUAAUCGAAUUGGAUCUGUGGCCAAAUUCCAGAGGAGACAAAGUAAAAGUCUGUCAUGGAGGUACAUUGACUUCUCCGGUUGAUCUUAACAAAUGUCUACAUGCCACCAAGGAGCAUGCUUUUGCUGCAUCCAAAUUCCCCGUCGUGAUAACCUUUGAAGACCAUCUAACUCCACGUCUUCAAGCUAAGGUGGCCAAGAUGGUCACGAAGACGUUCCAAUCGACACUGCAUCGACCUGAUCCAGACCAGCCAGCAGAGUUCCCAUCACCAGAAUCACUGAAAGGGAAGAUCCUGAUUUCAACAAAACCUCCCAAAGAGUACCUCGAAAGUCAGACGAACAUCGAAGAAGAAGACAACACCGUGCAGUCCAAGGAACAUUCAGACAAUGAAGAAUACGACCAAGAUGAAGAAGAGAAGAAUGCAAUCCCCGAGUACAAGCAUCUCAUUGCCAUCCACGCCGGAAAGCCAAAGGGCAGACUCGUGAAUUGUCUAAGGAUUGAUAUGAAUAAAGUUGGACGCCUUAGCUUGAGUGAACAAGAGCUUGAGGAGAUAUCAAGGACGCAUGGACAAGAUAUUGUUAGGUUCACUCAGAGGAAUCUGUUGAGGAUAUACCCUAAGGGUACUCGUGUGGACUCAUCCAAUUACAAUCCUCUGCUCGGGUGGAUGCACGGAGCUCAAAUGGUCGCAUUUAACAUGCAGGGAUAUGGAAAGUACCUUUGGAUUAUGCAAGGAAUGUUCAGAGGCAACGGUUGGUGCGGUUACGUUAAAAAACCGGAUUUUCUAUUGGAUCCUGACCAUAUUUUCGAUCCUAGCAAGCAACUGCGAGUUAAGAAGACCUUGAAGGUGAUGGUGUACCUGGGAGAAGGGUGGCAUUUAGAUUUUAAACGCACUCAUUUCGAUCAAUUCUCCCCUCCUGAUUUCUUCGUGAGGGUUGGAAUUGCAGGAGUUCCAGCUGAUACAGUCAUGACGAGUACUAAGGCCAUUGAGGAUGACUGGACCCCAGUAUGGGACGAGGAGUUCAAGUUCCCGCUCACAGUUCCCGAGCUGGCCAUCCUCAGGAUCGAGGUCCUAGAGUACGACACGACGGGACACCAUGACUUUGGCGGUCAGACGUGCUUGCCAGUGUCGGAGCUGAGAGAAGGGAUCCGAGCAGUUCCUUUGCACGGCCGUAAGGGGGACAGAUACCGAUCUGUCAAGCUGCUUAUGCGGUUCAAAUUCCUCGAACCUUCUUCAGAGCUGGAAUAUGACAGCUGAUCAGAUGUUUCCACUUUCCCAUGUUUGGAAAAGCCAGUGAUUCUUCUCACUAGCUGCCUCUUGUUUUCACACCGGUACAUGUACAUCGCACUUCCAAUGAAAGCAGGAUCCCUACUCUGCUGCUACA